AUGGCCCACCCAGUUCAACUAAGCCUACAAGACGCCACAUCCCCUGUUAUAGAGGAAUUAAUUACUUUCCAUGACCAUGCUUUUAUAGCCAUAUCUCUAAUCAGCUUCCUGGUAUUAUAUGCCCUGCUCUCAACACUCACAACAAAACUAACCAAUACUAGCAUCACAGAUGCCCAAGAAAUAGAAACUAUCUGAACUAUCUUACCCGCAAUUAUCUUAAUCCUAAUUGCUCUCCCAUCUCUACGUAUCCUAUACCUAACAGAUGAAGUCAAUGACCCAUCCUUCACCAUCAAAUCAAUCGGACACCAGUGAUAUUGAACCUACGAAUACACGGACUACGGGAGCCUAAUUUUCAACUCCUACAUACUACCUCCAUUAUUCCUAAACCCAGGGGACCUCCGACUCCUAGAAGUUGACAAUCGGGUAGUCCUUCCAAUUGAAGCUCCUGUACGUAUAAUAAUUACAUCUCAAGACGUCCUACACUCAUGAACUAUCCCCACACUAGGCCUAAAAACAGACGCCGUACCUGGGCGUCUAAAUCAAACCGUUUUCACGGCUACACGACCAGGCGUCUAUUACGGACAAUGCUCAGAAAUCUGUGGCGCAAAUCAUAGCUUCAUACCAAUUGUUGCAGAGCUAAUCCCACUAAAAAUCUUUGAAAUAGGACCUGUAUUUACUCUGUAA